AAAAAAAUUAACAAUAUGAAUUAGAUUUUGAAUUUUUAAAAUAAGAUGUGCUACAUUUACUAAAACUCCUCCUGCAUUUAUCAGCAUUUUCUAAAAAUGCUGUCUUUCCCAAUUUAGGGCAAAUUAAUUCCUCAACCUCUAAAAUUGAAAUCCCAGCUCUCGUCAUUCAUUCUCCGGCGAACAUCGACGCAAUAAUUCAGUUUUCCGGCGGUAAUUCCAAAUGAGGGUAGUCGGAUUGACCGGAGGCAUAGCGUCGGGCAAAAGCACAGUCUCCAAUCUCUUCAAAUCCCACGGCGUUCCCGUCGUUGAUGCUGACGUCGUUGCUCGCAAUGUUCUGAAGAAGGGGACCGGUGGAUGGAGGAAAGUGGUGGCUGCAUUUGGCGAUGAGAUUUUGCUAGCUAGUGGAGAAGUCGAUCGGCCGAAGCUUGGGCAGAUCGUAUUCAACGAUCCCGAUAAGCGGCAGCUUCUUAAUAGGCUAUUGGCACCUUAUAUUUCGACCGGGAUUUCAAUGGAAGUGUUCAAGCUGUGGAUGAGGGGUUGUAAAAUAAUAGUUCUUGACGUACCUUUGUUGUUUGAGGUGAAGAUGGACAAAUGGACGAAGCCCAUUAUCGUGGUAUGGGUUGACCCCGAAACUCAGCUUCGGCGACUUAUGACGAGAGACGGAACGACGGUGGAAGAGGCCAAAAGUAGGAUCAACUCUCAGAUGUCUCUGAAUUUGAAAAGGACAAAAGCAGAUAUCGUGAUUGAUAACUCGGGAUCACCCGAAGAUCUGAAUCGACUCUUUAAAGAGGUACUUGUCCGUGUGAGGAAACCUUUGACGUGGACUGAGUUUGGUCUCUCUAGAGACGGAGCUCUCGUGGCUUUCGUUUCUAUUCUUUUUGGUGUUAUCGUAUGCUGGAAAUCUUUGUGAUCAAUCGACGUGUGUAUGGUUUCAGCCCUUGUUAUAAAUUAAUUAAGCUUUUGAUUGUUAAAUUUGACUUUCUGAUACAUUAUUAUAUGUGGAUGAGUUUGCUCGCAGAUAGUAUUUAUCUAA